AUGUGUGUCAACAAUAAGGGCAACAUACUUGUUUUUGACCGGGGGAAGACGUCUGUGACGUCAGAGGGGGAUGUUGUUGGGAGAUACGCUCCUACUGGAGACAGAGCACUCAGCCCUCAUGGUAUUUCAACUACUCCAACAGGAGACAUCCUGCUUGCAGACAGCCACAAGGUGAUACGACUGACAGAGACAGGGGAUUAUGUCACAGAUCAUCAGGACAUUGGCUGUGAUCCAUGGAUGGCGACGUCACGAGCUGAGAAGGUUACAGAAUUCCUCACUUGUGUGAUCUGCCAGGAACUGUACACAGACCCCUGUACACUGAGGUGUGAUCACACAUUCUGCAGGAAAUGUGUCACAGGAUACCUACGAACCAGACCAGAUGCUGUACAGUCCAAGACGAUACCCUGUCCCUUCUGUCGACAAGAUACCAAGGUCCCCCACAGAAGCCGGCCAGUGGAGGAGUGGGCGGGGCAGAUCAAACCCAGCAUCAUUAUACAGGGACUGAUUGACACACAAGCUGGUGUUGUCAAAACAGGAGAGGUCAAGGUGAAAAGGAGACGCAAGGUCGUGUGCAGGGAACACAAGGAUAAAGUUAUGAAGCUUGUCUGUAAAGACUGUCACAAAGCUGUGUGUCAGACAUGUUGUGUUAUUUACCAUAGGAAAUGUGAGUCUGUCGUGACCAUAGAGUCAAUGUUGCCAACAAUGAAAUACCAUCUAAGAAGGCAUGUUAAACAGUUGUCAAAGAAAAUGCACAGAAACGAAACAAUUGUUAAGAAAACAGACCAGAAACUUAGCGGAAUUGAGAAAAACAAAAUAGCAGUAGAAAAUCACAUUAAAUCUGCUGUUGAGAGAGCCAUAGCCAAUAUCAAGCAGAAAGGAAAAAGGCUGAUGAAUGAAUUCAAGCAUAUUACAGACAAACAAACUAAGGAACUUAAAGCAGAUGUAAAACUUGACGAGAUUGAGAUGCAGAUGUACAGACAACAUUCUGAGUUCGUUGACCGGGCCUUGGUAUCGGACUGUGAGAUGGACCUGUAUGACGCGUAUCAGGCCUGGGAGUCGGGGACUGUAGAGUUGGGGGAUGUCAGGGACACAGACACAGCAGACACACGGAGAAUAGAUGACAUCAGGUUUACACCUGACACUGACAACGUCCAGCACAUCCUAGAUGACCUACAGCUGGGGAAGAUUGACGUCACAUACCAGGAUCAGGGCACAUGUCCACUGCUGGUUGACGUGAUAGAUGGGAGGAUGGAGGGUGAUGAAGCGACGCUUUCUCUACGUGACGUCACAGUCCUGGUUGUAAAUGGUAUACAGACAGUUGUAGUCACUGACAUGGACAACAAGUGUGUGAAAUCCGUCUACACUAGAAACAAUCAACUAUGCCACAGCAAACUUCCCCUGGAUAACGUUCCCUAUUGUGUAACACAGUUGAAGGAGAACCAGGUGAAGAUUGCUGUCCCUGACUCCCGUCAGAUUGUAACAGUAGAAGUGACCCCUGACCUGGUGCUGCUCUCUACCAUCACAACACGCAAGGGGUACGUCAGUCUCGCUGUUCUGAGUCCUUCAUCUCUAGCAGCAGGUACUUUUGACUGUGUUGAUAUCCUGGAUAUGGCGGGACACGUGCUGAGGUCAGUUACAACACACAACAAGCAGAAACUGUUUGCCUACCCCUGGUACAUGUGUGUCAACAACAAGGGCAACAUACUCGUGUCUGACUUUGAGAAGAUGUCCGUGACAUGUCUGACGUCAGAGGGGGAUGUUGUGUGGAGAUACGCCCCUACUGGAGACAGAGAACUCUUCCCGUAUGGUAUUUCAACUACUCCAACAGGAGACAUCCUGGUUGCAGGCACUACCAAGGUGAUACGGCUAACAAUGACAGGGGAUUAUGUCACAGAUCAUCAGGACAUUGGCUGUGUUCCAUGGGGAUUGUAUGUAGAUAGACAUGACACACUGUAUGUUUGUUGGGCAGGUCAGAUACACGAAGUGAACUUCAUGUGGUCAUAUCAAUAAUUGCAUGAUUUUACUCAUCACUAUCACUGGUGUUAAAUUCACUAUAACAACUCAAAAUGGACUCUUCCGAUUGGGGUGUGAAUGAGACAUUAUGUCCACAGCAUUACACAUCACAUUAUGUGUUUAGCAACCUGGUUCUCUUUCUUUAAUCGCCUCUGUGUUCCAGUAACUACGGUGUCGGCCGGGAAGGCGAACUGCCCGUGGCGUGAUCCCAAUCAGCUCAAGAGAUACCAAUACUUCACUCUGUUCUUAGUAGAUAUGAUAUAGUUUACUUGUUAUUGAAGUGCUCACAUGACUACUUGGACCUAUGGAUGGCCACUUGAUAUAUUGUUUAAUGACACUAACGAGUUCCCAACUCUUGAGACCAUCAGCGGGUUCCCGGGUCGGGUUGGUUACCCGGGCUGUAGAUUUGGACUCGUCCCAGCUCCAGUCAGUAUCAUGUAAGGUGCGUGGUCCAUUGCACCGUGGUCAUAGAUUGUAUUCACUUCACUAGAUAGUAGAUAGGGUGUUCCAUGUAGGAUGUUUGUGAUGUCAUGAAGUUUGUUUUGUGGAACGUUAUGGUGAGCCACUUAAUAACAAAUAGCUCCUGCAUUAUACGGAGGAACACUUCUACAAUUGUGUAAUUGUGUCCAUAUCUUUAAUGAUUAUAAUAGUGUUGUAGGUAUAGUACAUUUCAUUGUUAAAUUGUCAAAACAUAAACUGUAAGUGAUUCCAUGUUAUUGUUUGGCUAAAAAAAAAAAAAAAAAUUUUUGUGUGUCAGCUCCAUAAUCAGAGACCUAAAUAGAUUUAGUUUACUCUGCAUAAACUGAACAAACAUUAGGCCACGCACACCCUCGGAUUUGUUUCAUGACUGGCUGAUAAUAGAGUUGGCAGAUCUUGUGUUGCACUAUUGCGCUGUACAGUGUCAUAUUUUGAAUCGUCUACUCUUUGUUUGUGUUAAUGACUUAAUAGACAGCCUUUGAAGUUGUUAUUGUUUGACUUGUAAAAUGUGUUUAUGUGCUUAGAGUGGUAUGCACACUUUGCGUUUUGUACGCAGAUAAACGCAUGGUAUGCCUUUACACAAUAACUAUUGUUAAAUAAAUUCUGAAAUAAAUAAAUUGCAAGUGAGUCCGCUGCAUUAGAUUUAACCUAAAAU